AUGAUGAGGCUCGAGGCAUCAGAGAAACAGCACCGCUACCACAACCUGCUGGACGAUGACCACGCCAAUGAGAUGCUAGAAGGCGAGGGCGCGGGGCUGGCUGCCCGGGUCGCCGAGCUGGAGGUGCGGUGCGCGCGCCAGGCCGAGGAGUUGCUCUGUCUCCGCUCGACCCUCGCCGACGCCCUGCGACGCCUGAACGCCCUCGAGGGCCGCGCCCCGUCCACUACACAGAGGAACGGCGCAUACACAGGUUCAACUGGCACUCCCACACGAGAGGUGCGCUUAAGACAGCCCUCGUACCGGGAAACAGCCAAGAGGACUUCGAGCUACGGCUCGAGUACCUCGUCGCUUCCACAGAGACGCGGUCCCCAGCACCAGUCUACAGGGUCUCUGCAGUCGGAUUCUCCGGCAUCCUCGUCUUCGCUGUCUCCCGCCCCAUCACCCUCGCCGCGCGCAACACCCGCGCCCCACCUGGCGCACCCUCCCCAACCCUACAGAUCGCGCAAUAACUCUACCUCGAGCAACCAGAGCGCGUCUCCGGGGAACCUCACGAAGAGAUGGAACUCCACCGGCGACUUCAACGCCCAGGGUCUUAUUGCCAACAGCAGAUUCACGACGACAAAGUCCUUGCUAAAUUUGUAUUCUAAGGCGCCGCAAAACGGACCCAUUUUGAAGCACGGCACGCACACCUGUCAGUACAAUGAUGAGGAGGGAACUAUGCGCAUGUUCCUGCGCGGGCGACCCGUGGUCUUAUACGGCCCUUCUGACCAGGAUGGAUUGGACCCCGCCAAGGUGGCGCCACCGCCGCACAGCAAGCUCAAGCUGGAGUGGGUGUACGGAUACAGGGGCAAGGACUGCCGCAGCAACCUGUACCUGCUCCCCACUGGAGAGAUCGUCUACUUCGUGGCCGCGGUGGUGGUGAUGCUGAAUGUGGAGGAGCAGUGCCAGCGGCACUACACCGGCCACACGGACGACGUCAAGUGCCUCGCGAUCCACCCGAACAAGCUCAUAGUCGCGAGCGGCCAGUGCGCCGGCCACGACAGGGUUGACGCGCGGCCGCACGUGCGCGUCUGGAACUCGGUGUCGCUGGCCACCCUGGCGGUGCUGGGUGGUGCACAGCUGCAGCGCGGCGUCGCCGGGCUGGCCUUCUCCAGGGCGGAUGGGGCACUCCUCGCCGCGCUGGACGACGCGCCCGACCACACCAUCGCGGUCUGGGACUGGCAGAGGCCCGACAAGCACUGCCUGGCCGAGACUAAGUGCUCGGUGGACACCGUGGUCGCGGUGGAAUUCCAUCCGCUGGAUCGCAACCAGAUCGUGACUUGCGGCAAAAACCAUAUCGCUUUCUGGACCCUCGACCAGACCAACAUGCUGUACAAGCGGAUGGGAGUCUUCGAGGGGCGGGAUAAGCCCAAAUACGUAACCUGUUUAGCCUUUAAUCCCAAUGGCGACGUUCUGUCCGGCGACUCGAACGGGAACAUCAUCGUGUGGGGCCGCGGCACCAACACCAUCCUGAAGGUGGUGAGGGGCGUCCACGAGGGGCCGGUCUUCACGCUGUGCUGCUUGAAAGACGGCAGCGUGCUCUCCGGCGGCGGCAAGGACGGCAGGGUGGUCAUGUUCGACUCAGAGAUGAACGCCACGGGGAUGGAGAACGUGAUCGAAGGCCACUACGGCGGAGUGCGUGUAUUGGCAGAGGGCAAAGGCAGCCAAGUGUACAUAGGCACCACGAAGAACUGCAUCCUUCAUGGGGACCUCCAACUCGGCUUCUCGCCGGCUGUCCUUGGGCACGUGGACGAGUUGUGGGGUCUGGCCACGCAUCCAACGCUGCCGCAGUUCGUGACGGCGGGCUGGGACCGGCUUCUCCAGCUCUGGGACGGGCUCAGCCACUCCACGGUCUGGAGCAAAGACAUCGAGGAGCGCGCGCAGUGCUGCGCGUGGUCGCGCGACGGCAGCGCCGUGGCCGUGGGCUGCCUCUCGGGCCGCUGGCUCGUCUUCGAGCCGCACUCGCGCGACCUGCUCGCCGCGCACCACGACGGGACGGAGCCCAUCCAGACGAUCCAGUACUCGCCGAACAACAAGCUCGUCGCGCUGGGCUCGCGCGACAACUUCAUCUACGUGUACCAGGUGGACGACAACUGCGCGAGAUACUCGCGACUCGGCAAGUGCCUGGGUCACUCCAGCUAUAUCACCCACUUAGAUUGGUCUGAAGACAGUCAAUACAUUAGAAGCAACUCGGGAGACUACGAGUUGCUAUACUGGAACGCGACGACGUGCCGCCAAGUGGCGAGCGCGUCGUCGAUGCGCGACGUGGCCUGGGCCACGCACACGUGCCCCAUCACCUUCCAGACGGUCGGCGUCUGGCCGGAGAACGCGGACGGCACCGACAUCAACUCCUGCGUCAGGUCCAACGACGGCCGCCUAAUGGCGACCGGAGACGACUUCGGCAAAGUGAAACUCUUCGGAUAUCCCGUGACGCAGCCCAAGUCGCUGAGCCACGCGUACGGGGCGCAUUCGUCGCACGUGACGUGCGUUCGCUUCCUGCCCGACGACUCGCGCCUGCUCUCCGCCGGAGGGCUCGACACCGCCAUUGCUCAGUGGCUCGUCGAC